CGCGCACGCCACUUCGACAGCAGCGCAACUGUCUGUCAGCACGUCCGGACUCCGUCAUCCUGCUCUGACGGGAUGAUGUUAGUCGGUAUCGGAAUGGUAUAGGUUGUCCUACCAUCAGACACUUACCAACGAGGUCCCGCUCAUGCCGCUCUGGGCUCCUACAUCAGACUCAACAGGGGUCAUAUAGGCCUGUCGAAGCUCGCGUAAGGUUAUUUGCCAAACGACCUCCCUCACUAGUUCCUGUAGGUCCCAGGGCGAGUCCAAAAUGCUUACGUCCGUGCCAGAAUCUGUCCUGGCUCCUGCGGCAUAUUGGGCUAGCGCUAUCCGGGCGAACAAUUAUCUGACAGUGGCGGCACUCACGAUCCUUUACUACGACUUUUCCCUCACACUGUUCGCCGAGAUCGAGUAUUUCUGGCGAUCGGCAAACUGGUCCAUCAUCUCUUUGCUCUAUGCUAUCAACCGAUACUACGGCCUUAUUGGAUCCAUUCCUCUGUUUUUCGAAUAUUUUGGCACGCCUUCCCAACACAGCUGUCGCCAGUUGCAGACCUACCAUCAAGCCUUCGCUAUCGUAACCCAAGCCAUCGUGGCCAUCAUGUUAGUCCUGCGCACAUACGCGUUGUAUGAUCGGAGUCGGCGCAUCCUCGCGCUGCUCAUCAUCACGCAUGUUGGAGGUGCUGUGGCUUGCCUCAUUGCGAUGGUUACCAGCAAAAGUCCAACGGACACCCACAUUCCCUUGCCCUUUACCUAUUCUGGCUGCGACCUAUCUCUCACCAAUGCUCAGGGGCGACAUCUUUCCUUCGCCUGGCUCGCGAUGUUAUGGUUCGAUACGACCAUCUUCACAUUGACGCUAGUGCAAGCUAUUCGGAUGCGUCGCUACUUCCCGGGCGGGAUCCUUGAGGUGCUGAUACGAGACGGCACUGUCUACUAUGGAAUCAUGGUGGCCUCGAAUGUGUCGAAUAUCACCACGUUCCUGGUCACGCCGUCAGGAUCGAACCUCAAGGGCAUGGAGACAACGCUGACGAACGUCUUGUCAACGACGCUCACUUCCCGUCUCAUCCUUAAUCUCCGCGACUCGAGCCUCAGGCGAACACGUCGAGCCGAUGAGAACCAUCUCACGACAGGUGCCUGGAAUUCGACGGCGGUGCAGGCUACGACUUCGUGUGUAGCGUCGAAUCCAUUGACCCUCACGUAUAUCGAUACGCAGACCGCAUACAUGCCCACAGAAGUUCCGCGUGAAGGGCUAGCGACCGCAUAAAAAUGCAACAGGUCCGGGUGCGCGCCGCCAUGUUAUCGCGAGAGCUACCGUCCAGGUGCCUUAGGCUUCUUUGUCCUGUAUGUGACUUAGUUGAUGAUGAUAAUCUGUAUCAAUACAUUCGAAUGCAAGUGCCUCACAUUUUC